AUAUUGAAUGAGUGUUGAAGAAUCGAAUCUUUUCGUCAUCAUGUUUGGCGCUUUAAUUCAACCAAUGAUUAUUAUUUAUUUUUUUCUGUUCAAUUCAUUCGAUUUAUCAUUUUAUUUUAUUCUGUUUCAAUCAUGUUCCUAUCAUUCUUCAUUUGGCAAUUUCAAUUAUUUUUGAAAUUCUUACCAUUCAUAAUUGCUUUGUCAUGGAUUAUGAUAUCAGCCUUAUAUGAUCUCGAAUUUGUUCUUUAUCAAUCUCUAUUGUUGUGUGUAUUUUUCUAUUUUGUAGAUUUGAUCGAACGAUUUUUGUCACAUUAUUUUUCCGUGGAUAAACAGAUUCUAUUCUCGAUUAUUAAUUCGACAACAUUGGCAGUAUUAUUUGCCAAUAUUAUUGGUCUAUCGAGUGGCAUCACAAAAUCUGUUUCCGAUUCUUGGCUUAAAAAAACAACAACAGUGACUUAUGGUUUUAUCAUACAAUUGAUUGAACCAUUAUUAAUGUUGAUUGAAAUGAUUCAAAUAAUAACAUUUAUUUUGAAUUUUGGUGAAACAUUACGAUCGAAAAUAUUCGAUGAAGAUAAUUCAUCAUCAUCUUCAUUAUACAAGAUCAUUACAAUAUUGUUAACAUUAGUGAAUUCAUUGCUCGCCUUCUGGAUUAUUUGGUGUGACACAAUUCAAAAUGAACAAUUAUUAUUAAUGAAAAUUUCAACAAUCAUUCUGAUGGGAAUGGCAAUGGCCGUAUACAUUUACAAUAUAUAUCAUGAAUACAUCAUUGUGGAUGCAUCAUUCGUAUGGCUAUACGUUUUAUUCAUUCAUCAUUUAGUAUUAUUGGAUUGGCAAAGACAAGGAUCUGGAUUCCAUCAGAACGAAUCUACUCAUUCUCAAAUCUGGCCGAAAUUGGUUGAUAGUGAAAUCGUUCCAUCGACCGAUACACACAAUGGGCUAUCUACAUUUAUAUCAACAAUUGAAUCAAUUUUUGCUGAUUGUAAAAAAGGAUUCGUUUCGAUCGCAUUUCAAAUGAAACCAUUGUUUUGGAUUGCUUUUAUUCUUCGUAUUAAAUGUCUAACUUCAUUUUUUGAAGGAGAAUUAUGUCAAACUAUAUUUAUGCCCACCAAUGAUGAUGAUGCAGAUUUUGAUGAAAAUUUUCAUCGAUCCGACACAAAUUUGAUUUUCACCAUCGGACGGAUUUUGAAGCCAAGCCGCUCAGCAUUAUUACGAUCAUCAUUCAUUAUUGCUUUUACAAUGAUUCUAAUGCAGCAUUUUACCCGUAAUCCAUGGUAUAUAAUGGCACAUUAUCAAUGGAUCAUACGUCUAUUGCAAACGUAUUCAACGCCCAUUUUUUAUAUGUUUGCUGCACGCGCAUUUCAUCAAUCUGAUGAUUUUGAUUAUGAAUUUUUAAAAUAA